AAUCAUUUAGCAUUGGCUAGUAUAUAAGAGAGUGCAAUUGGUUAACAGCAAUUUAUUUUUUCUCACAAUUAACUUUUAAUAGUUGUAAUUAACUCUCAAUUUAAUUAUGAAACUUUCACUUAUUUGUCUUGCUCUUUUUGCUGUGGCUUCUUUGUCAUCAGCUCAUUUGAUCCGAACUCGAACUGGAUCAUGUAAUUCUGGUGGAGUUGGUGUUGGUGUUGGUACCGGUGGAGUUGGUGUUAGUGUGAAUGGACGACGAGGUUUAGGUGGUGUCAGUGUUGGUGUUGGUACUGGUGGUCUCGGCGUUCGACGAGGUACCAGUGUUGAUGUAAAUAUCGGAGGUCGAGGUUCCGGUGGACGAGGUGUUAGUGUUGGUGUUGGAGGAAUCGGUUUAGGUUUCGGAAUUGGAGGCCGAGGAGGUUCCCGAGGUGGAGGCCGAGGAGGUGUCAGCAUUGGUGCCGGUGGAAAUGGUAACGGUAACGGUAAUGGUGAAGGUCAAGGAAACGGUGGACAAGGAGGUUCAGGUCGAAUUACCCUUCCCGGUGGACAAGGAGGUUAUCGACCAGAAAAUGGUGGACGAGGUGGUUCAGGUAUCGGUGAAGGAAGCUCCGGUGGAGUUAUCCUCGGCGGAGGACAAGGGUCAAACAAUGGAAACGCUGGUGCUGGUGUAAACUCUGGACGUGGCGGAGCUUCAGCUGGUGCUUCAAGUGGAUCUCAAGGAGGAAAUGCCGGAGCUAAUGUUGGUAUCGGUGGAGGACGAGGCUCAUCUGCUUUCGGAUCUCGAAGUGAUUCUGAAUCUACCAACGCUGGUCGUCUUAACGCUUACCGAAACGACUUAGAUGCUUCACGAUCAAGUGGCUCUGGUUUCAAUGAUAACUCACAAGCCAUGAGAGGUUUCGAUAAUUCUGGUUCAACCUUCUCAACUGAAUCCAACCGAGCCGCUAAUAACCGAGAAUUCAGACCUGAUGGUUUCUUCUCAGACUCUUCUCUCUCAUCUUCAGACAAAGCUUCAGGAUCUCAAUUCCGAAACACCGGAUUCGAUGCCAAUGCUGCCCAACGAUCUGGUUUCGCUUUCGAUAACGAAAACCUUAAAUCCUCACAAGCUGGACUCAAUUCCGAUUUCUUUAAUCAAAACAAAAACUCUGCUUCAGCUUACGGAGUAACCGCCUAAUUGUUGUAAUCAGAUAACUAAUUGAACAAUUAAAUAUAACUGAUUGAGAAAUAUUAAUAUUUGUAUCUUGUAUAAGUUCAAAAUUUACCAUUGAAAAGAUUAAAAUUCUUUGCCAAUAA